AACUAACAAAGGAUAGGGAAGGGCCUAGCCGCCUAGGCAAAAUCCGUGAAAGGUCCCGAGGUCCCAGGACCAUCCAAGAUUUCGGACAACAGUUUGUUCCGCCGCAGAUAACAAAUCAAUCAAUGUGGCUGGGGAUGCACCGAGAGAGAGAUCCCAGCCAGUGCAGAAUGACGACCAAGAACAACAGUCGCUACAUUCGAGCCGACGUGGCGGUACAGGCCUGAAAUCACCCACGCCGCUCAUCUUCUCCCUCUUCCCCCUCCCUGUAUUUUCAUUCUUCAAAUUUCACCCAGAAAUCACUCUUCUCUUGUCAAAUACAUAUGUAGAGUAUAUAUAUAUAUAGAUGUAUGUAUGUGUAUGUAUAUGUGUAUUGUUGUAUUUGCAAAUACUUAAAUUGUCGUUUGUCUUCUCGUGUUGUGCGUUCGUAUAAAAUAAUCAGUUAGCUGAUCAGGGCAAGCGGGUGGGCAGGGCAGGGCACAGCAAUCGGCUCCCUCCUCCAAUGCCCGCAUUCGCCCUUUUCUAUUUUCGUCUCUCGAGAGACGAAUAGCAGCCAGAAAAAAAGGGUGGAGGUUUCGGGAAUCUAGGGUUUCGAUUAGUGAAAUUGGGGGUUUGUAUUAUUACUGGUUAAUGUGGAAUUUUUUAGGGUUAGUGUAAAUAGCAGCAGCAGCAGGAGGAAUGGUGGCCGUUAGGGGGUUUACGACGCCGUUUAGUCUGAGAUUGUUGAGGAGAGCCGAUGUAGGGUUUCUCGCCGGGAAAAAUGGUGUGGUGGUUUUGGAGGUGCGGAGGAAGAAGAGACUGCUCUUCGCACAAGAUGAACUCGUCAAUUGUUGCUGCUCCGAGAUUCGAAAGAACGCUGAGAAGUUCGAUGAGUGUAAGAGGCCUAAUUAUCGCGUUCGGACCCCCGUAAUGCCCAUGGCUUCUCCUCAAUCUCGGUAUGCUUCCAAACAAGAGAAGUUUUUCUCUCGUUGUACCCCGAGGAGUUCGGGUCCUCAAUCACGAGACUCUCCCCCUAAACGAGACACUGGCAUUGCAAAUGAGAAAGAUUGGGGCAUCAAUCUGCUGAAUGAAAAUGUGAGUGAAUCCGGCACGAAUGAAGAUGGGAGUACUUGGUAUCGAGAAAGUGGAGAAGAUCUUGGAGACAAUGGUUACAGAUGUCGAUGGACUAGAAUGGGCGGUCAAAGUGCUGAUGGUACUUCAGAAUGGAAAGAAACGUGGUGGGAGAAAAGUGAUUGGACUGGAUACAAAGAGCUAGGUGUCGAGAAAUCUGGAAAAAAUGCCGAAGGGGAUUCGUGGUGGGAAACAUGGCGAGAAGUUCUUCAUCAGGAUGAAUGGAGCAAUCUGGCUAGGAUAGAGCGAAGCGCACAGAAACAAGCAAAGUCGGGGACAGAAAAUGCUGGGUGGUACGAAAAUUGCAGGUGGGAGAAGUACGACGCCAAAGGCUGGACUGAGAAAGGGGCGCAUAAGUAUGGCCGACUGAACGAACAAUCAUGGUGGGAGAAGUGGGGAGAACAUUACGACGGAAGAGGAUCGGUCCUUAAAUGGACGGACAAAUGGGCCGAGACCGAACUUGGAACUAAAUGGGGAGACAAGUGGGAAGAGAAGUUUUUCGCGGGAAUCGGUUCUCGCCAAGGAGAAACUUGGCAUGUAUCCCCUAGUGGUGAGAGAUGGUCGAGGACAUGGGGAGAAGAGCACUUCGGCAAUGGCAAAGUGCACAAGUAUGGCAAAAGUACGACAGGCGAAAGCUGGGAUAUCGUUGUCGAUGAAGAGACAUACUACGAGGCUGAGCCACAUUACGGAUGGGCGGACAUCGUUGGCGACUCAACUCAGCUGCUUUCGAUUGAGCCCCGGGAAAGACCUCCCGGUGUGUUUCCGUCGCUUGAUUUUGGAUCGUCUCCUCCGCCGCCGGCGCCGCCGUCACCGCCGCCGUCGCCGCCACCUUCUUCGGAGUGAUGAUUGUAUUAUCUGUAUUGGUGUCUGAAAACCUGUCUGUUCAUGUAUCGCAUUUGUUGCUCUGCUUUUUUUGCUUAAUUCUUCCAUUUUAUUUAUUCUUUUAAUAUUUAUCU